AUGCAGACGGGCCAGAGUCCUUUCAGUGGCCAGAGUGACCCUUCUCCUCUCUUCCUCGGUGCCUGGCACACCAAGGAACCUCUAGUGAUUACCAAAUAUGGGAUCCUCCAAGAAAAACAGAUGCACAUGGGGAAGACACCCAUCAAUGUCUUCCUAGGAGUCCCCUUCUCCAGACCUCCUGUGGAUGCCUGCAGGUUUGCUGCCCCAGAACCCCCAGAGCCCUGGAAAGGAAUCAGAAAUGCCACCAACUAUGCCUCUGUGUGCCUUCAGGAGUCCUGGGGACAGAUCACCUCCAAGUACUUCAACACGCGACAAUACAAGUGGCUGCGCUUAGGCGAGGACAGUGUGUACCUGAAUGUGUACGCGCCAGUGCGCUCGCGCGGGGACGCUCCGCUGCCGGUGAUGAUGGUCUGGUUCCCAGGAGGUGCCUUCCUCGUGGUCGCUUCCACGUACGAUGGCUCGAAGCUGGCCGCCCGCGAGAUGGUGCGCAGCACCAGGCUCUGCAUCCCGGGUUUCCUGAGCACGGGCGACAGCCAGGCCCGCGGGAACUGGGCGCUGCUGGAACAGGUGGUGGCUCUGCACUGGGUACAAGAGAACAUCGCAGCCUUCAGCGGAGACCUAGGCUACGUGACCCUAUUUGGCCAGUCUUCGGGGGCCAUGUGAGUCUCAGGACUGAUGAUGUCACCCCCAGCCUGCAGUCUCUUCCAUCAGGCCAUUUCCCAGAGUGACACUGCAGCACUCAGAGCCUUCAUCACUGCUGACUCAUUGAAGGUGGCCAAGAUAGUUACCCGCCUGGAAGGCUUCACCUACAACAGUACACAGACUCUGUUAGCCGGACUGAAGACAUGAUCAGGGGCUGAGGUGAUGCAUGUAUCCAAGAAGAUGGGAUUCUUCUACCUGAACUCCCAGAAAGACCCUCAGGAGAUUGUGUGGUUCAUGAGCCUGGUGGUGGAUGGUGUGGUGCUCCCAGAUGACCGAGUGGUGCUCCUGAGCAGGGGGCAAGUUGCACCUGUGGCCCAUCUUCUGGGUGUCAACAGCCUGGAAGAGUUCAGUUGGCUGUUACCUUUUAUCAUGAAGUUCUUACUAAACCAGUUCAUAAUGAGAAAAAGAAUAAUUACCAAGCUGCUCUGGAGAACCAGCACCCUGUUGCUCCGGCUGAGCCUGCCUCCCUGCUCCGGAAGCGGCGCCCCUUCCUUCCCUCCUCGCCUGCCCCCACCCCGCGAAGCAGCAAUUACCACCAAGACGGCUGAGGGCCAAUUAGUGCGGGAGACGCGGCGCUUCGUGGUGCCCGUGCAGACCGCAGCCCCCGCAGCACCGCCGCCACCCUCCUCGCUCGUCAGACAGCAUCAGCGGCCUUGGGAGCCCCCUGGGGACGCGCUGUCCGGCCUCCCGCCAGCGGCAGUGAAGGAUCCAGUCGCCUGGCGCGUAGCCAGGGCCGGGGCGGACGCCAGAGCGUUGGGAGUUGAAACUCGCGGCCGUUGGGGGUCGGGGUGA